AUGAGUCUGAUUGCUGCGUUCACCAGUAUUCAUGGCGUUAAGCUCUGGCUAAAUGCAUCGUUGGCCCUGGAACAUAUGAACUGGGGUAUACAUACAUGGAAUUGUCCAUUCAAGAUCGCAGUAUUGAGUAUAAUGGCUUAUGGGCCUCUAAACCUUGGUUCUGUAAAGGAUGGUUAUGGAACUUAG